AUGGUGACUUCCUCCGGUGCAUAUAGUUAUUUGUUACGUCCCUGUGACUCCCUACCUGGAUUAUACACUUUACUGCUCUACGAUGGUGUACGUGUACGAAAAUACCGCUUGGAGUUGAUUGUGCAGUCCGAACCCAUUCCUCCUCCUCUUCAUUCGACCGAACCAGUUGCUUCUGAUGUCCUGUCCCCACGUCGAGCAAGUGAACCCAGUUCACCCACUGUCUGCUGCUCAGAAGCACCGUCUACCAACGGCGAUGGUGUUGUCUGUUCCGAAAAUCGCAGUUCUUCCGGGGCUUCCACCCCACCAUCGAUGCAACCACCUCCGUCAUCUAUCGGUACGCAGUCCACCAACGCAAGCACUGUGGUUGUACAAAAUGAUAACACAGGCCCUUGUCCUCGCCGGUAUCGGACCACAACCAAAGUCAUGUACAAUGGAUCUUUGUAUGACAGCGUCGAACAAGUGGUCGCCGAUAUUGAGGCGCAUCCUGUGAGCCAUCAACGAAAAAAGUGGAAAGUGUUCUACGCGCAGAUCGACCGGAAACAAGGUAUUCUCACCCUGAAAGAUGGCGAGAAACGCAAAACCGAGCACUACGAUUUAUCCAAAUGUGACUUCUUCCCGGUCCACCGAUUGAUGUUCGAUCAUCAUCACUGUUUCGGCAUUUUGCUGUACGGUGCUUCUGCCGGUGAUCGCGAAGAGUUAAUCUUCUCCGUGGAUGCUCCCUACUUGCAAUCGAACACCUGUAGCGUUAUGGGUCCCGGAGGUCCUACAGCAGCCGGAACUCGUGCCACUGCGUUCCAAUCAUGCGAUUUAGAUUACUCCACUUUUGCCGGUCGUCCAGAAGAUCCACCGGCCACUGCUCCACCGGUGUCUCAACAAGGUGGGGUUUUACAUGUGCAUGCUUUCGUGAUUAUGUUUUUUAUUCGCGUGUGA